GACAGAUGUGACUAUGUGUUUGUCAAUGGCAAAGAAAUGAAAGGCAAGGUGAAUGCACUUGUGAACUUCACGUAUCAGUAUCUGAGUGCUCCUCUGCAAAUCACAGUCUGGGUUCCACGCCUGCCUCUUCAGAUCGACAUUUCGGACACAGAACUCAGCCAAAUAAAAGGCUGGCGAGUCCCAGUUGUUUCCAACAAAAGACCCACCAGAGACAGUGAUGAUGAGGAUGAAGAUGAGCGGAAAGGAAGAGGGUGCACCCUGCAGUACCAGCAUGCCAUGGUGCGAGUCCUCACACAAUUUGUAGCUGAGGAUUCUAGCCCUUGGGGUCAGCUGAGCUACCUGCUGGGCUCAGAUUGGCAGUUUGACAUUACAGACCUGGUGAUGGAUUUUAUGAAACUGGAGGAUCCUCACAUUGCCAAGCUGCAGGAAGGCAGGAUUUUGAUCGGACGGGAAGUAGGAAUGACAACGAUGCAGGUUUUGUCUCCUCUGUCUGACUCCAUCCUGGCAGAGAAGACAGUGACUGUGCUAGAUGACAAAGUGACCAUAACAGACCUUGGAGUACAGCUGGUGGCUGGGCUUUCACUCUUUCUUCAGCCAAGCGCAGUAAGCAGUCGGGCUAUUGUGGCUACAACCGUUGCCCAAGAGCUGCUUCAUACUCCUAAGCAGGAAGCUGUAGUAAGCACCUGGAUUCAGUUCAGCGACAGCUCUGUUACUCCGCUGGACAUUUAUGACUCUAAGGACUUCUCCCUUUCUGCUGUAUCCUUAGACGAAGCUGUUGUCUCGAUCCACCAGAAUGCUGCCUUAAAAUGGCCAGUUGUGGCAGCAGAAGGUGAAGGUCAGGGCACGUUAAUCAAGGUGGACAUGAUGAUUUCUGAAGCCUGCCAGAAGUCCAAGAGGAAAAGUGUCCUGGCUGUGGGGAAUGGCAACAUUAAAGUCAAGUUUGGCCAGAAUGAUGCAGACUCCGAUACAGGUGGAGAUUAUGAUGCUGAUGAGAUUGAAAACCACGCUAGCGACCGGCGGCACAAAGUGUCAGAUCAGGAACGGUAUGGCCACGAUGGACGAUAUUAUGGUAGCUCUUCAGCAGAGCGAGAGGAAGGUGCCAUCAGGAAAGUCAGCACCACAGCAAAAUCCGUAAUAAAAAAUAAAGUCAUUAAAAACAAUAGGCUGGAUGACUUCACCAACUUCCCUGCUCAAGUAGACCUCCCAAAAGGCAAUGCGGGCAUGGAGGAAAAUGACCUGGUGCAGACACCUAGGGGCCUUAGUGAUUUGGAGAUUGGGAUGUAUGCUCUGCUAGGGGUCUUCUGCCUGGCAAUUCUAGUCUUCCUAAUAAACUGUGCAACAUUUGCACUGAAGUACCGUCACAAGCAGGUUCUGGUGGAAGGACAGGCCACCAUGACCCAUUCCCAUGACUGGGUCUGGCUGGGAAAUGAAGCAGAACUGCUGGAGAACACAGCAGACACGUCACCUCAGCAGGAUGAGCACACAACUAUUAUCGACCGAGGCUCGGGCUGUGAGGAGAGCAACCAGCUCCUCAAUGGCAGUGCUCAGAAGAACAUUCAGAGCCAGGUUCACAGGUGUGCUGACUCAGGGGGCAAGCUCGGAAAGGAACAGAAACCAGAACCUUUACAUUCGCCGACAUCUAAACGGAAGCGGGUAAAAUUCACGACAUUCACUACCAUCCCACCCGACGAUGGUUGUCCUACUGUCAACUCAAUCCUAAGUAGCAAUGAUGAUGACAUUAAGUGGGUGUGCCAGGAUAUGGACCUGGGGGACUCCAAAGAGAUACGAAACUACAUGGAGAAGUUCAAAGACAAAGUGUAG